GUACGCGAUUCUGCUGUAUCGCUAUGUGUACGUACGACUGUAAUGUAUAUACCCGUACUUACGUGCGAGCAUGCGAGUCCGAUGGCCGAUGCGCGAGACGACGAGAGCCAGGACUGCUCGAAGCAAGCUCGCUCGCUGCCGGCGCAGAACCUCGCGCAGAUCCUUGCGCCUUCGACGGGCAGAAUUUAAAUCGGAGGAAUUUCGCGCGAAUCGCGCCUCGGGAGGUGCGAUCGAAAAAACGUGAAGGCGUGUGCAACAACGACCGCCUUCGCCGGGGCCCGGUGCAUCAUUCCGUACCUAAUCCGACGUCUAAGAUCCUCGUGCGAGUCUUCGUGUGCAAGUGAACUGUAGAGAUCUCCACGACGUACGCUAUUUGCGCGUACGCCGCGCCUGCGCUGUCCAAAUAUAUAUUCCCUCGCGUUUCGCCACGGCGGUGUCCUCUUCUUCCUCCAGGAUCUCGCGUAUCGUGACACCAGUACCUAGAUAACACACGACCAAGGGCCGACUAGGUGUCGAGUACUCUCGAUCGCACGUCAGCGGGCAAACCGACAUGAGACGUGGAUUCUCAAGUCCAUGGCACGCACAAAAACAUAAGAAGUAAACCGCUGAUUAUUCUCCUUACGACUGUGACUGGUCAAUUCCUUUAUCGCUGAAGUCUUACUGUUUGCGUUUUCCCGCGCGCCUUACAGAAUAAAACGGUCCUUAUAGAAUAAGAAAGGCAGUGUGAUUAGACACUUUUUUAAGCAGUAUCCCUUGCCAAGCUUUCAACUUGCUAUUUCAAGGCUACGACAAGGAAAAAAAUGAAAAAAAAUGAGAAAAUCUACAAAGGUAAAAAGAAUGCUGGUUAGUUAAGGAACGGUGCUGUCCUAAGAAGGAGAGGCAUCCAUUUUGGAAGUAUAUUCUAUUUUAGGAAAGAAGAAUAGGUCAGGUAGGAACCAAUCGUUCAAGCAACGAAGGCCAAAAAUGGAGAAAUAGAAAAAAAAGGGGAAAAAGAAGAAGGAUGGG